AUGUCAUUUGAGUGCCCUAUCUGUGGCAGACCAGUGAGGCAAACCAAAAUCAACGACCACAUUGACUCAAAUUGCAAGGAUUUCAUCGAAGUGGUGGACGGGAGUGAAUCGUCCUCCCAGAAUACGGCCCCAUUCUCUGAUUUCUUCCAACCUCUGGCAAAGAAAUCAAGCUUGAAAUCGAUACCAAAAGCGGUCGCUAGCGGAACCCCCGGUCAACCCUUUCAGGGCGCGAAGAGAAACCUUCCCAUUGAAGAGCGGGGAGCCACCCAAGCUUCCAAUAGCGACGAUGCUGAAUCUGCAGUCCCUUCCGCCGAUCGCUCCGAACGUCGUAUCAAGAAGCCAAAGCCAGCGAAUGCUUUCGAGAAGGCGGCACCGCUCGCGGAGCGUAUGAGGCCACGAACGUUGGAUGAAGUCUGCGGGCAGGAACUAGUGGGGCCUAAUGGAGUGCUUCGCGGUCUCAUAGAGACAGAUCGGGUGCCGAGCAUGAUACUAUGGGGCGGAACAGGGACAGGCAAGACAACUAUCGCUCGAGUGAUAGCGACCAUGGUGGGCAGUCGUUUUGUGGAGAUCAACAGCACCAGCUCAGGUGUGGCGGAGUGCAAGAAGAUUUUCGCAGAGGCGAGGAAUGAGCUUGGUUUGACGGGCCGAAAAACAAUAAUCUUCUGUGACGAGAUCCAUCGCUUCUCGAAGUCGCAGCAGGAUGUAUUCCUUGGUCCUGUGGAAAACGGUCAAGUGACCCUCAUCGGGGCUACGACUGAGAACCCAUCUUUCAAGGUUCAAAAUGCGUUACUAUCACGAUGUCGCACGUUUACUCUCUCAAAAUUAACCGACAGUGACAUCAUCUCCAUCCUUAACCGUGCACGAGAGGUUGAAGGCCCAAACUAUUCGCCCACGGAUCUGGUGGAUGAAGAGCUGGUUGCCUACCUGGCGGCAUUUGCUGACGGUGAUGCGCGGACGUCGCUCAAUUUGCUAGAAUUAGCGAUGGAUUUAUCCAAACGCCCGGGAAUGACCAAAAGUGAGCUAAAAAAGGGACUGACCCGUACAUUGGUCUAUGAUCGGGCGGGGGACCAACACUAUGACACCAUAUCUGCUUUUCACAAGUCAAUACGGGGAAGUGAUCCUGACGCCGCUCUAUAUUACCUCGCGCGAAUGAUACAAUCCGGGGAGGACCCACUCUACAUUGCACGGCGGCUGAUUGUCAUUGCUUCGGAAGACGUUGGACUUGCAGACAACUCAAUGCUUCCUCUUGCCACAGCGGCGUACACGGCGGUGGAAAAGAUCGGCCUACCAGAAGCUCGGAUCAACCUUGCCCACGUUACAGUUGCCUUGGCGUUGUCUCAAAAGAGCACGAGAGCGUAUCGAGGAUUGGGCAGCGCAUUUGCGGCUCUUCAAGAACCUGGUGUUGCUGGGUUGCCUAUUCCGAUUCAUUUACGGAACGCACCCACGAGACUCAUGAAAGAGCUGGGAUAUGGCCAAGAGUACAAGUACAACCCAGACUAUGUGGAUGGAAAAGUUGCCCAAACCUAUUUACCGGACAGAUUGCAGGGCCGUCAAUUUCUUGAAGACCGCGAUCUUGGGACUCGUGUUGACCCUGAACUCCCAGAACCGUGA